ACGACAAGGGCAAGCUUAGAGAAGGACCAUCUGGUCUUAGCCGAUGCAAACCUAAGCUGAAGGCUCUGGCCUCUGGGAAGCAGACGUCCCAUUUCAUCUCCCAUGGCUGUUGCUUCGGCUUCUUGUUCUCUGGCUUCUCAGUUACUCCCUCGCUCAAAGAAUCCUGUGUUGACUUUUCCCCCCACAAAACCCACAGUUUUCCCCUUUUCUGGUGUUCGCUCUCCAACACAGCACCAACUCUUGUUUUCUUCACUCUGUGUAGCAGCGGCAUCGAAGAACAAUUCCAAUGCCAACCCAGUUCAAAGCGGCAGGAAAUCCAAAAACCCAAGUGAUGAAGUAGCUUCGGAAACCAAGGAAAUUGAGGUGGAAGUGGAGGAAGAGCUGCCGUGGAUUCAGGAGAAGGCCUUGGACGUGGUGGAGUUCACUGGCUCUGUCACUCAGGCCAUUCCUGGGCCUAGAGUUGGUACAAGCUCGUUGCCUUGGAUUCUUGCCAUCCCUCUGGCUUAUGCUGGCCUUACUUUUGUUAUUGCUUUUGUCAAGACCGUCAGGAAAUUUACUUCUCCCAAAGCAAAACGCCGCAGACUGGUUAAUAAAAAUGCGACGUUAUUGAAGUCCCUGGAUGAUUUAUUUCAAAAAGGAAGAGAUGACGUCAACCCUGUUUCUCUCAAGGAACUCGAGAGCAAGGUAGGCUUUAAUGUGGAAGAAAUUCUGCGCAAGUAUAUUCGCUAUGCUCUGAAUGAGAAACCAUUUAACCCUGACGUGGUAGCUGAUUUAAUUCAGCUGAGGAGAGCUUCUAUGUUAAAUGACUCCCAAGUUGCGGAGAUUCUGAAUGAAAUCUCACGACGAAUUGUGCGAGACAAAGGCCCUGUAGUCAUGGAUGCAUCAGGCUAUACUGAAAAGGGUUUCAAGAGAAAACUUGCUGUUCAGGCUCUUUUUGGAAAAGUCUUCUAUUUAUCUGAGCUGCCGGAGUUUUGUUCGAGGGAUAGCUCUUUAAUUGUCAAGGAAAUCUUUGGGGUUACAGAUGAAGAUGCUGACAAACUCAGAAUACACACCGUCUCUGAAGCUGGUGAUAUGGAAUCCCUUGAGAAGAUGGUUGACAAUUUAGAAGCAGAGGAAGAUUCUGAAGAGGCCGCAUCUGAUGAUCUUUGAUUUAUAUGUUACAUGCGUUCAGUUUGCCCAAAGGGUUGAAUGAUGACUCACUGGAAGCAAAUGGUUCAAUAGUCUUAAUACCAAAGAAAAGUGUUGUCUUUUUCCUCUUUGACUGCUGUUUCAGUUUUAUGAUCCCUAGGAAUAAAUUUUAUGGUUGAUGUUUCUGUCAUAACAUCAAAUUUUGGCGGCAUUUACUUUUAGUAAUUGGAAAUUGAAGGCAGUUGAUUAGAAAUCAGUGUAAAGAUACAUUUAGAGAUAGAAUGAUUAAUUAUGUUGUAUUGCAUGUUGAUAUGGAA